UCUCAUACUACCGUAAGCAGAUUCAGUGAGCAGAAGAAAUCUAUUCACAAGCCUCUCAGAGAGUUAGAUUAGAGAGAGAAAGAUUCCGGUCAAGCUGGUUCUCGCCGGCGACGACGACCUCUCCGCCACUGCUGCCGCCACCGCUGACUUAUUUCUACUCUGAAUUCUAAGAAGUGAUGGACUCGUUUGAGCCAGAUAAAAAUGGUUCGCAUCAGGACUUGCCUCCUCCUCCACCGCUUGUUCCGCCGGAUGUUGUUCCUCUCAGGGUAGAGCCUGAGCCGGUGAAGAAGAAGGCUGUUAGGGUUCCGAUAGCUAGGCGUGGUCUUGGAUCGAAAGGGCAGAAGAUUCCACUUGUUACUAACCACUUCAAAGUGAAUGUGACUAAUGUUGAGGGCUAUUUCUUCCAUUACAGUGUUGCUCUCUUUUAUGAAGAUGGUCGUCCUGUUGAUGGAAAAGGCAUUGGAAGGAAGGUUAUUGAUCGAGUGCAGGAAACUUACGAUUCUGAGUUAGAUGGAAAGCAAUUUGCAUAUGAUGGGGAGAAGAGCUUAUUCACUGUUGGUUCUCUUCCGCGCAACAAGCUCGAGUUUACUGUGGUUCUUGAGGACAUCUCGUCUAACAGAAGCAACGGAAAUGCAAGCCCCGAAGACCAUGGCAGUCCAAAUCAGAGUGAUCGAAAGAGGUUACGACGACCAUAUCAGUCUAAAACAUUCAAAGUAGAGAUCAGUUUUGCUGCUAAAAUACCCAUGCAAGCUAUUGCAAAUGCACUUCGGGGACAGGAGUCGGAGAACUCUCAAGAAGCGAUUAGGGUACUGGAUAUUAUAUUGCGUCAGCAUGCAGCUAAACAGGGCUGCCUCCUUGUUCGCCAGAACUUUUUUCAUAAUGAUCCAAGGAAUUUCGCAGAUGUUGGGGGUGGUGUUCUCGGCUGUAGAGGGUUUCAUUCAAGUUUUAGAACCACUCAGGGCGGCUUGUCUCUGAAUAUUGAUGUAUCUACAACCAUGAUAAUUCAGCCUGGUCCUGUUGUGGACUUUCUAAUUGCCAACCAAAAUGCGAGAGACCCCUUUCAACUUGACUGGGCAAAGGCAAAACGAACUUUAAAAAAUCUGAGGAUCAAGGCUAGGCCGUCCAAUCAAGAGUACAGGAUAACUGGUCUGAGUGAGAAACCUUGCAGCGAGCAAACCUUUCAACUAAAGCAAAAAAGUGGGGAUGGCGAACCUCUUGAGUUAACUGUUUACGAAUAUUUUGUUAAUCACCGCCGUAUAGAAUUGAGGUAUUCUGCGGAUUUGCCAUGCAUCAACGUUGGCAAGCCAAAGCGUCCUACUUAUAUUCCAAUUGAACUUUGUGAUUUGGUUUCCCUGCAACGUUAUACAAAAGCACUUAAUACGCACCAAAGAGCUUCUUUGGUGGAGAGAUCAAGACAAAAACCACAAGAAAGGAUGAGUACAUUAUCAAAUGCUCUGAAAAAUAGCAAAUAUGAUGCUGAACCUCUGCUAAGAUCAUGUGGGAUUUCUAUAAGUAAUAGUUUUGCCCAAGUUGAUGGGCGUGUUUUGCCAGCACCAAGGCUAAAAGUGGGCAAUGGUGAGGAUUUCUUUCCCCGAAAUGGGCGCUGGAACCUUAAUAAUAAGAGACUUGUGGAACCAUGUAAGAUAGAGAGAUGGGCUGUUGUGAACUUUUCAGCACGUUGUGAUGUUCGUAACCUGGUACGAGAUCUGACAAGAUGCGCGGAGAUGAAAGGAAUUUCCGUAGAGCCUCCUUUCGAUGUAUUUGAGGAGAGCCCCCAGCUUAGACGAGCCCCACCUACAGUAAGAGUGGAGAAAAUGUUUGAGGAGAUUCAGUCUAAGCUCCCUGGUGCACCGAAGUUUCUUUUGUGCUUACUCCCAGAGAGGAAAAACUCUGACAUAUAUGGUCCUUGGAAGAAGAAAAAUCUUUCUGAGUUUGGAAUUUUCAAUCAGUGCUUGGCUCCGCAGAGGGUCAAUGACCAGUAUCUUACAAAUCUUCUCUUGAAGAUCAAUGCAAAGCUUGGCGGGUUAAAUACUUUGUUAGCAGUGGAGCAAACACCUUCUAUCCCUUUGGUUUCUAAGGUUCCUACAAUUAUCCUUGGGAUGGAUGUGUCACAUGGCUCUCCUGGGCAUUCUGAUGUCCCAUCGAUUGCUGCGGUGGUCAGUUCCAGGCAGUGGCCAUUGAUUUCUCGUUACAGGGCAUCUGUCCGUACACAGUCUCCAAAGGUUGAAAUGAUCGACUCUCUGUUUAAAAGGGUAUCUGAGACCGAUGAUGAAGGAAUGAUUAGGGAGCUUCUGUUGGACUUCUAUACUAGUUCAGGGAAAAGAAAACCUGAUCAGAUCAUCAUAUUCAGGGAUGGUGUCAGUGAAUCUCAAUUCAAUCAAGUAUUAAAUAUUGAACUGGAUCAGAUAAUUGAGGCAUGCAAGUUUCUUGAUGAGAAAUGGAACCCCAAGUUUGUUGUCAUUGUUGCCCAGAAAAAUCACCAUACAAAAUUCUUCCAGCCAGGAGCUCCUGAAAAUGUUCCACCUGGUACUGUCAUAGACAACAAAGUCUGUCAUCCUAGGAACUAUGAUUUCUAUCUCUGUGCACAUGCAGGAAUGAUUGGAACUACAAGGCCCACACAUUACCAUGUUUUAUUAGAUGAGGUUGGGUUUUCAGCAGAUGAUCUUCAGGAACUAGUGCAUUCUCUAUCAUAUGUGUAUCAAAGAAGCACAACUGCCAUAUCUGUAGUUGCGCCAAUAUGCUACGCACACCUGGCUGCAACCCAGAUGGGAACAUUCAUGAAGUUUGAAGACACUUCUGAGACAUCCUCGAGCCAUGGUGGUGUAACCUCUGCUGGAGCUGUUCCUGUGCCUCAGCUGCCAAGAUUGCAAGAGAAAGUAUGCAAUUCUAUGUUCUUUUGUUGAGGCAUUUGAGCCGGUAUCUUCUUGCCCUAGUAAAUAUGAAGAUGCGUUGUGUACAUGGUUUUGGGGGGGGGGGGGGGGGGUUUGAUGCUCCUUUCUCGAUGAGGAGCUGAACCUCUAGGGCCAGUUAAUAUUUAUAGUUUGUCGGACAGAACUAGCCUGCACUAGGCUUUUUUAUUUUGUUGACUUUGACUGCGUCGUGGUUCACCUUUUGGCGCUGCUUGUAAGUAAGGGUUAACAAGAAGACUUGUUUAUAAGUAGGACAUGGUUUGCUUUCAGUUC